AUGCCUCCAAAGAAAGCAGCACGCCCAGCGCAAGAGAACAUCAACCUUGGCCCUAGUGUCAGGGAAGGUGAACUCGUUUUCGGUGUCGCCCGUAUUUUCGCAUCUUUCAACGAUACCUUCGUCCAUGUCACUGAUCUUUCUGGCCGCGAAACCAUCUGCCGUGUUACCGGUGGAAUGAAGGUCAAGGCCGAUCGUGAUGAGUCUUCCCCAUACGCUGCUAUGUUGGCUGCUCAAGAUGUUGCUGCCCGUUGCAAGGAAUUGGGCAUCACUGCUCUCCACAUCAAGAUCCGUGCUACCGGAGGUAACGGAACCAAGACCCCAGGUCCAGGUGCUCAAUCCGCUCUCCGUGCUCUUGCCCGUACCGGCAUGAAGAUUGGCCGUAUUGAGGAUGUUACCCCAACCCCAUCCGACAGCACCCGUCGCAAGGGAGGUCGCCGUGGUCGUCGUUUGUAG